GACUAAUCCAUAGAAAAUGGCUGAUGCCACCACAGUAUCAUACAAAGUAAUCAGGAGUGCAAAGGACUCCAAGGGACCUGAGCUUCCUCAGCAGAUGGAGUCUGCUCUGAACGUUCUUUUAUGUAACUGCAAAGUGAUCAGUCCAGUCCAGUUUAUUGUUCUCGUGAAUCCCCAGAAUAAAGAGAGAGAGCGCAUGAGGGAGCGAGAAAAGGCUGCAAGGGAGAGGGAAGCACGUUACAGCAAUGGUCACCUCUUCACCUCACUGACCGUGUCAGGAACCACACUCUGUUCAGCAUGCAACAAGAGUAUUACUGCCAAGGAGGCACUCAGCUGCCCUACAUGCAAUGUCACAAUCCACAACCGCUGUCGAGACACUUUGCCAAACUGCGCCAAAAUGAAACAGAGGCAUCAGAAGACGGCCCUAAUGCGGAAUAACUCAGCCUUGCAGAAUGUCACGCUGCGUGCAAAAACUCCAGGAUUGCGUGAGCGUCCGAGUUCAGCCAUCUACCCUUCUGACAGCUUCCGACAGACCCUGCUGGGAUCCCGCCGUGGUCGCUCCAGCCUGUCCCUGUCCAAGAGUGUUUCCACCAACAACAUUUCAGGGACCCUGAAUGAUGACUCUCCCCUGGGGCUGCGCAGGAUCCUGUCUCAGUCCACAGACUCCCUCAGCUUCAGGGCCAGGGCUAUGUCAGUGGAAUCUCUCACCGAUGACGGAGAUAUGUACUACACCUCAGUAUUGGAGGAUAUGGAGUUUGAGGGCCAAGACUUUAAGGCUGACUCAUGGAGCAUGGCAGUGGACAGCAGUUACUUGCAGGCGCACCGCAAAAACGUCAUCAAGAGGCAGGAUGUCAUCUAUGAGCUGAUUCAGACAGAGCUGCACCACAUGCGAACGUUGCAUAUCAUGGAAAGGGUGUUCCGACAGGGCAUGCUGGAAGAGCUUCAGCUGGAACCAAGUACUGUGCAUGCCAUGUUCCCCUGCCUGGACCAGCUGAUCAGAAUACAUUCCCAUUUCCUGGCACAACUCCUCCUUCGGCGGAAAAACAGCCUGCAUCCUGGAUCCAGCCGCAACUUCACCAUUCACCAGCUAGGAGACAUACUACUAGAGCAGUUCUCAGGUCAGUGUGCAGAUGACAUGCGGAAGACCUACGCUGAGUUCUGUAGCCGUCACUUGAAGGCUGUCAAAUUGUAUAAGGAGCUGCUGGCCAGAGACAAAAGGUUCCAGUGUUUCAUACGGCGUGUGAGUCGAGGACCAUUGCUACGUUGCCAUGGUGUUCAGGAAUGCAUCUUGUUGGUGACUCAGCGGAUUUCCAAAUAUCCUGUCCUUAUCCAGCGCAUUCUGGAUAACACCAACGGUGAGACCCCAUUCACCAUGGCCCAGGCUCUCUCCAUGAUCAGAGAACUUCUUAGUUCAGUAGACCAACAGAUGGAGGACCUGGAGAAAACGCACCGGCUGCAGGAAAUACAGGCCAAGCUGGAUCCACGGGCUGAGACUAGAGUGAGGGAUGGUGGACUUUUCAAGCCCGGAGAGUUGAUCCGCCGCAGACUUGUGCAUGAGGGAACCCUUGUAUGGAAAAUGCCAGGAUCCCGGCCGAAAGAUAUACAGGUCUUACUGAUGACAGACAUCCUGGUGUUUCUGCAGGAGAAAGACCAGAGGUACAUCUUUCCAUGUCUGGACAAACCUCCGGUGCUUUCCCUUCAGAACCUUAUAGUGAGGGAUAUAGCCAAUCAGGAGCGAGGCAUGUUCCUCAUCAGUGACUCCUCCCCUCCUGAGAUGUACGAGUUCCAUGCUGCCUCCAAAGAGGACAAGAAUAUCUGGAUACGCCAUAUCCAGCGCACCGUCAGCAAGUGCCCUUCAAGAGAGGAGUUCCCCCUCAUAGAGACUGAAUAUAAGGCCCAUCUGAGGAGACUCAAGGGUGACCUCCAACAGAAGGACCGGGAAAUGCUGGAGCUCCUACAGGAGAGGGUGACUCUAUUCUGUGAGCUGGCUGAGGUAACAAGUGGUCAGGAGGGCUUGCAGCCUCCCAUCACUCGGUACUUUUUCAGGGCAGACACACCCCAAGCUCCUCGUGCAGAGAAAUUCCUUGUGGAUGCCACAGCAGAGGUGGACAGGUUGAGUGAGCUCCUGCUUGGCUCCAGUGUGGACAUCCCUCUUCCAUGCCAUCCCAACCACAUGGAGGCGGUAGAAACCAGUGAUCAUGAUCUGUUGGUCAAUGGAGCCCAUGAUUUCUUUGCAGAAAAGGAUUGCAUGAGGAGUCCAGACAAGCCACCAACUACAGAGAUCCUUCAGAGGCUGAUGAAUCUCAGUGUUUAUCUCCAUGCACUCCAGGGUGCCGUCAUCAAACAAGAUUCCAUCUUGGAGCUGCUGCUGCAGCCACAGGAAGCCAUGACACCAUCUGCAGGAGGAGUAUGGCGCCCUCUCUGGCGAGAUGUUGGAAACCGGGAGGCUAAUACAGGGUCUACCAUUGGGGAACUGGCUCUUUUGCAGCGACAACACAGCCUGCUGCAGGAGGAGCUGCUGAGGCUGCGGGAUGCUGAGAGCCGGUUCAAGGACAGUGAGAAGGCCAGGGUCAAGCUGGAGCGGCAGGUCCGACACAUGAAGGUCUGCAGUGGGGCUCCACUCCCCUCCCAGCAGCUGGGGGACCAGGCUUUUCAGCCUGUCUCUCUGGUAUCAGGAAGGGAGCUAGCAACUGGAGACAUCCCUCAGGCCAACCAGGAAUCUUUCCACCAGUCAGAUGGUGUCCAGGACAGCAGUGACUUGGAGGUAGACAUGAUGUCAGAUGAUGAUGAUGGGACAGAAUCUGAAAGCUCCAAAGAUCUUCAAGAUAUUCCAGAAGAGAUCUAAUCCUGGCAUGUGGCACAUUACUAAUGAGCUCAUAGCUAUAAUUGAUUGUGCUGUAAACUAUUUGACUCCCAACAAUACACAUUGUUGUGCUUUCUGACCAGUAUGCCAC